AUGGAAAGCUCUCAAAAGCCACUCAGCAUUACAAUGGGGCAGGAGAAGUCGUGCAAAACUAUAGGUUCAGCGGUUGACAACUCCGAUGUCGUGCAAGCGGUGGUCAGAAAGACACCUCCAUCUGACUACACAUUAAAGAUCGACUCAUUCUCUUUUCUUCUUGAAAUGCUCGAUAAAACAAAUGCAGAGAGUUAUAGUUCAAAGAUUUUUGAAGCUUCUGGUUACUACUGGAAAUUGCAUCUUUACCCACGGGGUGACAUAAAGAGAAAUGGAUUAGGAUUCAUCUCCUUUUACGCGAGUAUCCAUAACAGUAGUGCCCUUCCUCUUGGCUGGCAGAUCAAUGCAAACAUCGAGUUUUUUGUGUAUGAUCAGAUUCGAGGCGAGUACUUAGUUUUCCAAGAUGUUAGCGGAGAAGCAAUACGAUUAAAUGAAAUGAAGAAAGAAUGGGGCACUGCCCAAUUGCUGGAUCUCAAAAUUUUUCAUGAUCCCACAAACGGGUUCCUUCUUCAUGACAAAUGUGCAUUUGGGCUAAUCAUUUGUUCUCACUGUUUGGAUGAUAUUAAAGAUUCUUCUAAAGGCUACCUAGUGAAAGAUACUCUAAUUGUUGAAGCUGAAGUCACUCGUAUCUCAACUGUGAAUGAUUUCUCCUCAAAAUGA